UUGACGUGUAACUAGUGGCAGAGCGCGAAUACAAAAUUAGACAUAACUGUGGUCGUAAACAGUGUCAUUGUUGGUUAUCACUCUAGAGAUGUGCGAUAACCUCUUACGUAAACGGCGAAGAUAACGUUUAAAGCCGUCGAACUUAAAGUUGCGAUGGCGAAUCCAGAAAUUGUGAUUGUAGGUUCCUGUAUGAUAGAUCUUUGCUGUUACGUGUCACGCUUACCAAGAUCGAGCGAGACACUGGAAGGUUACAAGUUUAAGAAAGGUUUUGGAGGAAAAGGUGCAAAUCAGUGUGUAUCGGCUGCUAGAUUGGGAGCUCGAACUGGACUAGUAGCUCGCUUGGGUGAUGAUGUGUUCGCAAAGGAGUACCUCGAGGAGCUACAGAAUGGUGGGAUUAAUACAAAGCAUGUCACAAUUACGAAAGGUGUCUCCAGUGGAAUGGCCCAGAUAACAGUGGCUGAUAGUGGGGAAAACCAGAUAGUGAUUGUACCUGGAGCUAAUACAUAUCUUGAUGAACAAGACAUAAAUAACGCCAAGGAAAUGAUUAUAAAUGCUAAGAUUGUCCUUUUCCAAAUGGAGACACCUCUUAAGACUACAAUGCAUACUCUUCAGCUCAUGCAAGGAAAUAAGGGAAUUUCCAUCCUGAAUGUAGCACCAGCCAGUUCCUGCCUUCCUCCAGAGAUUUACGACCUUGUUGACAUAUUGUGUGUCAAUGAAGUUGAGGCUGAAACAAUAUCAGGCCAUUCUGCAUCAUCCGUCAGUGAAGCAAUUCUGGUAGCAAAAGAUCUGCAAAAGAGGUCCAAAUCUGGUCGAUGUUCCAUCGUCCUGACACUGGGUGAAUUUGGAGCAGUAGUUGCAGAAGCUGGAGGAAAGGAUGCAAUCCAUAUACCAGUUCCACAGCAUAAGAGUACUUUUGGUGCUGCACCAGUUGUCGAUUCAACAGGUGCUGGAGAUUCAUUCUUGGGUGCACUGGCAUUCUUCCUCGCACGCUGCCCAAAGUUGUUGUUAACUGAGAUGGUCAGCAGGGCAUGUGCUGUGGCAUCCAUCAGUGUACGAGGAGAAGGAACACAGACUAGUUUCCCUUAUGCACAUCAACUACCACCUGAAAUAUUAAUGAAUUGCUGAUAUUGUACAUAAUAUUUGUGAACUGGGUGCAUUAUUUCAUUACACUGCUUUUGGAAGACUGUCAGCAUUGUUAAGUUGAACACAGGGUGCUUUGUUAAUUUCCAUAGUGAGAAGCCAACAGAAGUAAAACUUUUAUGGAUAAAAGCUUUUGGAUAAUGUGAUAUCAAUAGCUGAGUUGUAAGGGAUAAAUGAUACUAACACAUGUUACAAUUUCAUAAUGUAAAAUUAUGUAACAAUAAUAAUAUCAGGUGGUAUGCAGGAGAGAGUCUCAUAAUACAAUUAAUUUCAAUAUUUAUUGAGCAAUUCACAACAAAUAAGAAACACACAAGCAAACUGCAAGAUUUCCAUGUUAACAUAUUGCCAGUUUGCUGUCAUCCUGUGAUUUUUGGCUGACACCUGUUCAACCUUUCAUUUCCAUAUUAUGAAUUCAGCAAUCGAGAUAUUGAAAUUCACUAUCUUCUUCUGUAUUAAUACAGUGCACACCAACAGUGGUGACUCAACAGUCAAAUGAAAUGAGAAACAUAACACUAACCCAAGAGAUGGAAAAUAUUAUAAAUCUGAAACAAGUUAACAUUUAUUUUGUGAAGUGUUUACUGUUAGAAUUACUGGGUACAAAAAUGGAAUAAAAGUUAAUGAAAAACAAAAAUUACCUACACUGUGAAAAACUGACAACUGAUAUAAAGACAGCAACAGUUUCUAUAAAUGCACAUUACUUCAUGUGGUAAAAACAAUUUUUUUUUUGCUAUCGUACACAAAUGUACACCAUAUUUUCUGCAGAUAUGUGCACAGCUUUUUGGGCAGAGUUUGCACCAUGCUUGCUUGACAUCAUACUGUGCCCAAUGACCAUUUUUUGUCAUAUCUGACAUUAGCAGUUAGAUUUGUUGCACCUUUCUUUUCCAUAGAUUCUUCUCAAAUGCUUGGUGUCCCUUUCCUUUUCAUAUCAAAUUUUCCACUCUGUGUCAAAUCUGUUGAUAUAUCAGCUUGAAAUUACAUCAGUAAGUACUCACUGGUUUUCCCCAGCUGCUGUUGAUGACGUAUGUACAAUAGCGAACUUUUUAUGACUGCUAACCCCCCGCCCCUGCCCCCCAGAAAAAAACACCAAUAACAGAAUACCAGUCUCAUAUACCACCUCUUAGAUCAUAUGUCAGUUCUAUUUCUAUACCACCCCAAAAGCACGUCAGGUUUAUCCCUCUCAUGAAUUUGUUGUACUAUUUUACAACAAAUGAUCUGUCCACAUCUACAGACUCUUUUCUGUAGCACACCACCUUUUGCUUUUAGAUUCCAGCUCUAUGGCAGCAUAUGAAAUUGACGGCUUUCCAAUCAAACCACUAGAUUAGGGACAGGUUAGACUUAAAAGGGGAGGCCAUGAUGAUUGGAAUGCAGAUUUAUUGCAAACUUCGUACACUCGUAGUAAUCCUCGUCUGCAUUUCUCAACGAACCAGGUGCCACUUCCAUUUUUCUAGUCACGAUGUAAGGUUUUAUACUUCACGAACAAUUCGCACGUACAUUAUUUCUUCCUGCUACAUAAGCAAGGUCUCACCGCUAUACAAGUUAACCGUCAAAUGAUCCCCAUUCUACCCUGGCCCUCCCCUCGUUGGUCGUUUACUAGUUGGUAGUUAUGAAUAUUAUAUUAUUUGCGAUGAUAAAACUUUGUAGACUGCCAAAUAACAUUGUAAAUUUAAUAAAAGUUCAUCUGAUUACAA